AUGCUCUCUGCCUCGCUCAUGAACACAGCUCUUGUUGCCGCCUCUCACGUACCCCUCGAUUCUCCUCGCUUUCCCUUCACCCCGCUUCCCUUCGUCCCUCCGCCGUUUCCCUUCUCUCCCCGCUCUUCCCCCUUCGUCCCUCCGCCCUUUCUCCUUCGUCCCUCCGCCCUUCCCCCUUCGUCCCCUCCGCCAUUCCCCCUUCGUCCCCUCCGCCAUUCCCCCUUCGUCCCUCCGCCCUUCCCCCUUCGUCCCUCCGCUCUUCCCCCUUCGUCCCUUCGCCCUCCCCCCUUCGUCCCUCCGCCAUUCCCCCUUCGUCCCUCCGCCCUUCCCCCUUCGUCCUUCCGCCCUUCCCCCUUCGUCCUUCUGCCCUUCCCCCUCCGCCCCUCCGCCCGUUCCCCUCGCCCCUCCGCCCGUUCCCCCUUCGUCCCCUCCGCCCUUCCCCCUUCGUCCCCUCCCCCUUCCCCCUCAACCCCUCCGCCCGUUCCCCUCGCCCCUGACCCCUCACUUCUCAACAGGGGAGCGUCAGCAGCCAGCUGCAGCGAGCUCACUGAGAAAUGUCAGAACAGCACAUGCAGCCCUGCCCGCCCGCAUUCUCUUUCUUCCUUUCCUCGUGUUCCGCCUCUUUCCCCCGCACCCCUCACCCUCUCACCCCUCACCAGGCGAGCGACCGCUUCAGCAUCAGCGCACAUGCAGACUCGCCCACCCACAUUCUUCCUUCCCUUUCCCGCCUUCCGCCUCUUUCCCCCUCGCCCUUCACCCCUCACCCCUGCUACCUCUCACCAGGCGAGCGAUCGCUUCAACAUCAGCAGCCAGUUGGAGCACAUGCAGGCGAGAUACGUGGGCACGGGACAUGCUGACACCACCAAGUACACGCCUCCGCUUUCCCAUAUCCACGCCCCCCUGCCCCUGUCUCUUCCCGUGGCAUGCAGCGAGGGGACAGCCAUGCCUCCAAUGUGGGGCGGCACCAUACCACCAGCUGCUAGCCUUCUGUCCUCUCACUCUCUGCCUGUCCCCCUCAUCCCUUCGCCCCCCUCUCCCCCUCCCUUUCCCUCCCCCUUUCCCCGUCCCUCCCAGCUCCCACCCGGUGCAUGCAGAGAUUGGGCAGUGAACACCAUCCACAGAGACAGCUAUGCAUCCUAUGUGGGGCACCACCCGCUGCUGGCCUAUUUUCCUUUCACUCUGCCUAUUCUCCCUCAUUUUCCCUCCUCCCCCUCCCCUUUUCCCCCACCCCUCCCCUUUUCCCACUCCUUCCCCAUACAUUCCCCCUGUCCUCAGCGAGUGGGCAGUGAACAUCCACAGGGACAGCUACGCCUCCUAUUGAACAUCCAUCGGGACAGCUACGCCUCGUACGUGGGCCACCACCCACUGCUGGCCUUCCACCCUCCCACCGAUCGCCCCUUCAUCCUGCUCUCUCUCCCCCCUCAUCUCUCCCCCUUCCAGCGAGUGGGCGGUGAACAUCCACAGGGACAGCUACGCCUCCUAUGUGGGGCACCACCCGCUGCUGGCCUUCUUUGCCGUGGCGGAGAAUGA